AUCCAUUCUAUACCCUCAUUCUUGCCAGCUGUGGUCGCUUUUGCAUUGUGCGGAUGCUGACACACAGGGUUAUUAACAUCGACAGAUGACAAAAUCCUUGUCCAGAUGGGAUCUCUUCGAGAGGGCAAAACACCAGAAGAAAAAGACAACUACAUUGCUGGUUUGAAAAACAUCAUUAACGACAUGCGACGCGACAAGGUGAAAGAUUUUAACACUGUGGCCAUGGAGAUAGCCGCAUACCGUAGACGCUUCCUCCAGGAUCCUUCACGAGUCUUACCCUUGUAACAAUCCUUUGCCUACAAUACCCGAACAUUCACAUUGAAGGGAGCUCUUCUCCUCUUAAGAUCAUCUAGACAU